AUUACAAAAAUGCCUAAUUGGAUCCUUGGGGAUAAGUUUGAGACUGUCUAUCCACAUAAGGGGUCUAUCAAGACCCUGUGGGAAACGCGCUGGAAGUUUGCCUGCCAGAAAGGGGUUUAUCCUUUCCAUGAUGGAUCCUAUGAGGACUUCGCACCCAUAUUCCAGAAGCUUAUCUCAGAAAACAUCAAUGAUGCUAGCACGGAUGAGUAUACGUCUACAUUCUUUCCUACUGCAACAGAUCUAGAAUCUCAAGCCUCACAGGCCCUGGACUCUGGUAAAACCGACCACGCAAUCGACCUGUUCCGCCGUGCCGCGGUGGUCUACCGUAUCUCGCGCUUCCCCUAUGUCGACAUAGCCCAGCCGAACUCCAUUAAGCGAACUGCAUUCGAGCGGCAAAAGCAGGUAUACCUCAAGGCCGCUUCUCGAUGGGAUCCACCGAUCAAGGAGGUGAUUAUCCCGCACAGCAGUCGCGGUGGAAAUGACGGCCAAGCAAUCCCGAUCUACACUCGGGUACCGAGCAAUGCUCGCCCCGAUAGCCCCGUCCCGGUCGUCUUGAUUAUGACCGGACUAGACGGAUACCGACCAGAUAACAGCCAACGGACUCACGAGAUCAUCGGUCGCGGAUGGGCUGUCGUCAUCGCCGAGAUCCCAGGUACAGCAGAUUCUCCUGCUGAUCCUGCGGAUCCAUCCUCUCCUGAUCGGCUCUGGGAUAGCGUCUUCGCGUAUAUGGCGACCCAGCCGAUGCUGGACAUGAGUCAAGUUGCGCUCUGGGGGCUGAGUGCGGGAGGUUUCUAUGCCAUCCGAGCCGCCCAUACACACGCAACCCGACUGCGUGGCGCCAUUGCGCACGGCGCGGGAUGCCAUUAUUUUCUGGACAAAGAGUGGCUGAAGCGCGUUGACGAUCAUGAGUAUCCUUUCUCGUGGGUCUUUCACCUCCUUAAUAGUGAGCUCAGACAGUUAAUGCUAUGCAGAAUCAUGCCGGGAUGGACAAAGAAAUACGGCUUCGAAGAUACCCAGGCCUUUGUGCAAGAGGCACGACAGAAGUUCUCGCUAGUGGACACGGGUAUUGUCGAUCGUCCUAGCUGCCGGUUGCUUUUGUUGAAUGGUGUCGACGACGGUCUCACGCCAAUUGAAGAUUCUCUGAUUCUGUUCAACCAUGGCAGUCCGAAGGAGGGAAGGUUCUUUGAAGGUUUACCGCAUAUGGGAUACCCCGACAGCUUGCCCGUCGCUUACAAAUGGUUGGAUGAUCUUCUGCCUUGUGAGCCUAAGCAGAAAAACUAG